AUGGCCAUCGAAGUUCUUUUCCUCAACGGCAACUCUGUCAGCAUCGACCCAGAGAAGGGUUUGGAGGCAGCAAAGCGGAAAGUGGCGGAGGCUCUAGGAGUCUUACCAGGUGCUGUGAAGAUCACCUGCAGUGGAGAGAUUCUUACAGAACUGCGGGAGGAUCUGCAUGCCUCUCCAUGCCAUGCUGCAGUGGAUCAGGAGCAAAUGGCCUUUGCCAAACAGUGGGAGAUCAUGAAGCAGCAGAUGCCACUUCUGGAUAAGCAGACACUGGUGCUUGCCAGGCUCAGACAUGAGCAUGACUUGAAGCUCAUGGAGCUCAAUCUCAGAGUCGGUGGUCGCUCGGAGUCGGCGGUGAAGCAGGCAGAGUGGACGCUGAAGGAAGGCGGCUUAUCCCUUCAAGAGGAGACAGCUUUGGUUGCCCGCGUGGGGAAGUUAAAAGGCCUUAAAGCUUUGGAAGAGAAGGUCUCCAAGGCAGAUCGGGAGCUCUUUGGCAAGCAAGAGGAGUUUUGGACCAAGGCCGAGGAGUGCAAAAGGUCUCUGGAAGCAGAGUUGAAGAUGCAAGGCAUUGAUCCCCAGGAGCUACUCCACAAGUUUCACAUUUCGUUGCUUUCAGCUACAGGGCCACGCCUUGAUCGGGUCAGAGAGAUCUAUCCAGAUCCCUGCUUUUGUGCAAGGUGUUGCUCUCCUUCAGACCGGUGCUUUUCAAAGGCGAGCACUUGCAAUGGCCAGACCGAUGACAUGGAGACCUUGUGCCCCAGGCUCAUUCGGCGUGAGACCUGGAGCAAGCCCGUGGGCAGGAGGAACAAGAGUUUGCGCUACAAGUUGAAGCAGAGUCCAAUGAGAAAGAAAGCUGGGAAGCAGUCGAGAUCUGUAUUGUUUGAUCAGGAUCUGCAAGAUUUUUGA